UUUUAAAAUGACGAAACUACCCUCAGGGUACAAGACCCGUUUAAAAGACUAUGAUGGCGAGUUGCAGGAAAUCUGAACUGUAACCGCUGCUUCUGAUCUGAGCGAGUUGUUUCUGUGUUCGCCAUUGCUGAACUUGCAACGAGAAGGCCAUGGCGGGGUCCGGGAGUUCCAUGCUGUAUUCCUUUCUUCUAUUCACGGUUAUUCUCUCGCUUCAAGAAAUGUACCGCGGGAAACUAGCAUCUUCAGAAUUAUACACUAUACUUGGAGGUUUCAUCAGCUCUCUCCUAUUUCUUGUGCUCCUAACUUUCAUUGGAAAUUUUCAGGAAACAAUUGGCGUAAGAACUGGUUGGGGCGCUGUCAUAGUAGCAGAAGUAGUUGCUCUGAUUGCUGCAAGCACUGUCCAUCGAGUUUGCAUCACUACAUGUUUCCUGUUCUCGGCUGGAUUGCUGUACGAGGUUAACAAGCUCUCUGGGUCAGCGCUUUCAACAAGUGACUCCAGAACUAAAAGGCAAAGUGGGCGAGCGUAAUCCUAUUUGUGCUUACUGUCAAAGUAUCUUUAGAGAAUUUUCGGUAGUAGCAUUAGUUUUUCAACCCUAGUAGCUCAACUACAAGAAAAGUAUGUUUUAUAAUUAUCUGACUUAUUUUACAGUUACAAUGAUAUGAUUUGAAAGAUGUGCAUCAUGCUAUAAACCAAUCAGUCAUUUUUUUCUCACGGUGAUCUUGUUUACUUCAUCAAAUAAUGAAU